CAACGCUAACGUUCCAACAGGUUCAACCUCGCUCUAUGUUUACUUCGCAUAUUCUGCCAAGUACUUAUCUAUCUUUCAUAGCCUACCCGCAUCGUCAUGAUACAACUCGAGGCGGCCAAACUAUCUAAUGUCUGACAAAUUUAUCUGUAGCUGUUUUACGCGAAUUUUACGUCUCAUUUGGAGUCAACGUGAUUCGCAGCUGCAUGUUUCCCAUCGGGUCUCGCAACAGACUACUGAACUCGCGGUUUACCUUACAAGUCGUUUUCGCCGUUGGAAUGAGUGCUUCCUCGACCGAGGGAUUCAUCUCUCGGCCUGCAUUGUCAUUACCUCCAGUUGAUGUCUCUCCUGAAAUUUUAAUGGCUCUGGAACGUCGGAAACUGAACGCAUCACGUCCGGUUGCAAAGCUUGUCCCCGACGUGCUGACACGCAUCUUCAAUUUUUUUGUAGCGUUUAAAGGUUUUCCUUGGAGAGAGCAGCCUCCUCCUUUCCUGUUAUCUAGUGUGUGCCAUUAUUGGAGGAUGGUUGCAAUAUCCUCACCCAGUAUCUGGUCGCACGUGAAGGUGGACAGAGAUGGUCCCGACCUCGAGGUUGUCGACCUCAUUCUCGCAAGAUCCUCUCAGCUGCCUCUCCGUGUAGAGGUGGAUGAGACUAUUUCUACACCACUUUUGAUUCAAGGAGCCGGCCAUAUCCUACGAACAGCGUCCAAUCGCAUCUACAAGGCGAACUUUUGCUUACCAAGUAAGGGUCCCCAUAUACUCGACCAAGACGAUAUUCCACCCUUUCCUACCCUACGGUCCCUCUUCCUCAUCGUUGUGUUUGCCGACGUGUCAGGUGACAUCAGCUUCCCGGUAGCACUCGAGGCACUCGAGGCACCAUUGCAAGAACUACAUCUUAUUGGAGUCCGUCCUCGAUUGUCAAGCCCGUUCUUUUCCAGCCAUGCGCUCCGGGUUCUAUGCAUCAAAAUCUUGUGUCCCCCAUGGGGGGAUGCCAGUGUUAUGCACGACAUCCUUGAUAUGCUUCGCGGACUGCCCACCCUCCAGAAAUUAGUCUUGAAGAAUGUCUUGAGUGGCGUAGUCGGACCGACGUUGGAGGACCCUGAGCUUUUCCCGCCAGGCAGUCUUGAACUUCUUGACCUGCCCAAUCUCGGAGAGCUUGUCAUCGAAGAUGGAGCCGUCGUGACAGCUAUCUUCCUGAACUUCGCGCUCCUCAAACCUUCGGUGAAAUUGUCCUUCGACGCACGACUCUUCAAUCAGUUCCUCCCUAGAGACGAUCAACUUCUGGAGCUAGCAGAGGCUUUAACUGAUCAUUUCACUGGUGGCAUGGUUCGUGAGCCGCAGUUAACAAGUCUUGUGUUGAGAUUUAUACUGCGUUCGUCAUCCCUGUUGGCUUAUAACGUACCUCUUACCAUGACACGUCGCCUCAUUUCGACGAAGGAAGACCCUCAACUCAAGUUGGAGCCGAACUUUCCCACUGCCUGGGAUUACCAUUUCGAUGAAUGCCUCCGAGAUUUAUAUUCUUCCUUGCCGUUGUCAAAUAUACGGAUGGUGGCGAUCGACGACCAUGCCCCAUUCAUCGAUGGGGCAGAAUUAUUAUGGGCAUCUUUCUUCCACAUGUUGCCUAGCCUUCGAGUUCUCCGCGCAGGCAUCUGGUUCCUCACGCAUCUACCAUUUCUCUUCAAACAUGGUGUCGGCACCACUGUUUCCCCUACGACCACCGUCGAAGAUCAGCACAUAGAAGAUCAGGACAGGGCUGAAACAGCUUUGUUUACUGGGUUGAAGACGUUGGUCAUCGAUCUCCAGAAACCUUAUGACUCGUUUGAAAAUGAUAUAAACGAGUUAUGCGAGGCAUUUCGUGCCAGAUGUCACGUUGAUCACUGCUUCAAUCAGCUGGUUCUGAUCAAGCCGAGUGGGUCGCGCCUGAGUUCAUCUGAUUGGGCACUGGUAGAUGCAGCGGAGGCGAUGUGCUCAAAGAAGGGCAGUCUUCGCACAAAUCCGGACAACGACGCCAGCGAUGCUAUCGGCUCUGCACCUCCCGCGGACGAGAAUGCAAACGUUGACCAAGGUGUCGAAGACUGUGGAGUCGAGACUCUGUCCUCUGUCAAUGAUGCUGUCUAUACAUUCAGAUUCGUUCCCUUUGGUCGUGCGACGUGAACAUCAAUCAGCUGUAUUCAUUCCGUGCUCUUCGUGUACGGCAUUCAGGGUGUUUAUGAUCCUACGUCCGCUACAUCACACUUCCAGAUCCUAUUUUCUUCCUAUCUUUCACGUCUUCACCUUCAAAACGGGCCCCUUCAGACACGUUCGUGUCCUUCGUCGGCACGAUUCCCGGUUUCAUUUCGCCUACACUCCUUCGAACAACCCAAUCACUAUGAUCAUCUCCAUCCCUGAAUUGUUGUGUUACGCGGAUGUCAGAUGUCAUCAAGUCUCGGCAUGCAAGAUGCAUACCGGCUUGCUAUCCCCAUCGUCGCCUGUACACUACAUUCUGGACUCUAGAUGUUCUACUGUUGCUUUGAAUUGAAUGUCUAAAAUUAUGGACAGGAGAUGAUCAUUCUGCACCUCCUC